AAACAACAAUUCAAUCAGCUGUUCGCCUGAGAAAGAGCGCAAAAGGACCUGAUAAUUGUUAUUGCAAAUUUUCGUCUGACAAGGAAAACACUGAAUCAUUGGACAUCCUUUGUAACAAAACACAACAAAACUAACAAUAGAAAUAAAACAAAAAUAUGUGCAAAAAAUAGUAUUAAUUAAUAAGAAGUAAACAAAAGACGGUUCAAAAAUGCCUAACUAAAAAAUAAAAAACCUAAAAGUGGGAAUCUUUAAGAUAAAAUUUGGUUAAUUACAAAAAAGUAUAUAUAUUUGUAAUAAAUUAGUUUUAGAAGAGCCGCACCAUGCCUAGCUCUCUGCUGUUUGCCACCAAUAGUGAGGGCCGCGUGUACACGCUUUCGACAAACUCUGCUGCCUGGCGAGAAUUCCCUUACUUGGGCUUAGAAUUUAAGAAAAUCGCCGCUGUACCACAUUUUGUUUGGGCCAUUGGUGGUGAUCGCCAAGUUUAUGUGUACGUUUAUGGCCUGGAUGUACCCAUACGUGUCAAGGAGGAGUCGUAUGAAAAUGAACGUUGGCUGCCAAUUGAAGGUUUUUCAAAAACAUUGUUACCAACUGAUCGCUACAAGUUUUCCUCAGCUGAUGGUAGCGUUGAAAGAAACAUUGAUAAGAUAAGGCUGCCAUCAAUGGCUUGGCAGUGGGAUGGGGAGUGGCAUUUAGAUCUGGAUAUGGAUGGUCAGCAAUUAGGUGAAGAUGGUUGGAUGUAUGCAUUAGAUUUUCCCGCUACAUAUUCAGUGAAAAAUUCUUGGAACUCGUAUGUGCGUCGUAGGAAAUGGGUGCGUUUCCGUCGUUAUAGUGCGUUAAAUAGUUGGUGUGCCGUAGCACCUUUGCAUAAAGAUCCCACCCAAGAGCCAUUCAUCGAUGUUGCUGUUGGCGGAACAAAUGUGCCAAAUGCAGCUUCAGGCACGAUGAUUGUUUGGGCUAUUACGGCACAUGGAAGGGCAAUGUUUCGUACCGGCGUAAGUACCUACGCUCCGGAAGGUCUUCGAUGGAACGCCAUCAACACUCCGCCGGGUUGUGAAUUGGCACAAAUCAGUGUCGGACCGACUGGGCUCGUCUGGGCGGUGCUCUAUAAUGGGCGAGCCAUUGUACGCACGGGCGUCACACGGGAAAAUCUCUCAGGGGAAGCUUGGUUGGAUGUCAAACCACCAAUCAGCAGCAGCGAUGCUGGCACUAACCUUAAGAUACUACAGGUUUCUGUCGGCACCGACUCGGUGUGGUGUGUAACCAAUGAUAGUCAUGUUUGGUUUAGACGCGGCGUUAAAGGCGAGGCGGCUGGCAUUAGUGAAGACGCGGCAAUCGGUAGUGGUUGGGUAGAGUUGAUUGUCAACAUAUCGUCAAUCUCUGUAGCGCCCAAUGAUCAAGUAUUCGCUGUCGGUUCUUCGGAUCGUGCACUCUACUUUCGUUCAGGCGUAUCUACGUCUGACCCAACUGGCAAACAAUGGCGUCAAAUACAAUGCCCCAUGCAAAUGAGUCGCACAUCAAGUUCAAUGUCGAUUGUAUCACGACGCAGUGGCAGCGGCUCCACACCUGGAUCCAAACACCAAAGCUUUUCGAAUCUCUAUAACAAAGACAAGGAAAAAGGUAUCGUCGAGACUUGCGCACCCAUUGAAAAUAUGCCCGCAAGUCCCGCAUCCACAAAUAGCAGCACACCUGGUACAGCAGCAGCACAUGCACGACUCAAAGGCGAGCUCUGGAAAUACCCAACUGAUUCCCCACCCAGCAUCGGUAGCUUGAAUUUGAAUGAACGCCAUAAGAAACGUAACUCGGCAAUGCGUGAGCAUGCAACCCACGCAUCCAGUGCACCAGCCACAGAGCUAGUAACCGAAAUCUCAGGCAAACAUUUUGAAACGCAGCUUAAGAAUCCACGCGCCUGGUCGCCAGUGCGAAGCGUUGGCUCAAUUGUAGGCACUGAAGCGCAUCCGGAAAGCGAUUCGGCUGUGUUUGAAUCAGAUUCCACUCACCAUGGCUCAGACGCAUUUCUAGGCGAAGAUGAGGAUCAUGCAGGUUCACAGUUCUGGACCGAAUGUGAAGUAAUGUGGAACUGUGUAGCAGCCGGCGGUGCUUACGUUGAUCCAGCAAAUGUGCCUAAUUGGUUCAAUGAGCAAACAUCCAGCAAUGGCAAGGUCGAUGUAGAUGCGCCUUGGCGCAAAGAUAUUAUUGGAAAACUACAAAAACAGAAAGAAGUACUCAAAAAAUUAAAACAUCCAGAGAAAUAUGAAAAAGCUGUAGAGUUAACCUCGUGGAUUAAGUCGGCUGAAGCGCGUUAUCAACGUCCAGGUGGUGAAUUUGAGGAUUGCUUAAUCGAAUUAGAAUGGGUGAGUGGAGGCGGCGCAGCAGGCACGACAAGUGGUGAUGCAAACAACACAAGUACAGAUUCCGAUUCUGGUACGUUCACUGUACUCAACCCCGAUGGCGUUACCACAAAAAUUCAAUUCUCACUUUCCGCCAUCACUUGCGUACAAUGCUGCAGUGAGCCAAGUGCACCACGUAUAGCUCUCCACGCACCACGUUUACCUUCGAAUUGCUCACCGAUCAAAUUGCAAUUUUCAAGCGAUGCCGAAAUGGAAGAUUGGUUGUCUCAUCUCAGUUCAGUUUGCUGUCAAAUAAAUGAGGUUUCCGGUAAACCAGCGAACAAUUCCAUUUGGAUCACCAGCGAAUUGGGUGAGGUAUUCGUCUUCGAUCCACUCAAUAUGAAGGCAAACCAAUUGGACAAGGAGCGUCAUCGAUAUGUGGAGAAAUUUGAUGUAAACACCAUGGAGACGCCUUAUUACAACACGCUGUACAACGGUAUGCCGGUCGGAACUGAAUUGGAGAUAUCUGGUUGUGUGUAUGAUGAUGCGGACCAAAUACGCUUCGACUUACAGUGUCAUCCAAAUAUAAAGACGCGACCCAAAGUGGAGAAAUUCCGUGUGAUUGCAAUGCACAUCAAUCCCAGGUUUAAUGAGCGCACCAUAGUACUCAACAGCAUGACUGAUUCCGAGUGGCUAAAUGAAAUUCGAAAUGAUAAUAUGGUCUUUGCACCCGGCGCUACCUUCACGCUGCGCAUUAGAGCCUUGGAGCACCAUUACCAAUUAUUCAUCAAUAAUACACACUUCGCCGACUACAAAUAUCGCACAGAUCCAGCCGCUGUGACUUGUCUUUAUGUUAGUGGACGUGUAAAGCUCUUCAACAUCGUCUACCAUUGCCCUACGCUAAUCAUCUCAAUGCAGGAAAUGUUUUGGCGUCAAAUUGGUGGGCACAUCAAGCGGAUAUUUGCCACUCAUGCUGGCGUGGUUUGGGGCAUUUCCUGUGACAACACGGCCUGGGUAUACAAUGGAGGCUGGGGUGGCCAAUUUCUGAAAGGACUUGAGGGUAGCACUGGGAAAAUUAACCCAAUGAUUGAUACGCAUACCUAUUAUGUUUAUGAGAAUCAACGCUGGAACCCCAUUAGUGGUUUCACCACGAAGAGCCUACCCACCGACAGACACUUGUGGAGUGACGCAAGUGGGCGCCAAAGACGUAGCAAAGAGCACACGAAACUGCUGUCAACACAUUGCGAAUGGAUUUCGGAUUGGGUGGUGGACUUUAACAUUCCAGGCGGUGCCGAUAAGGAGGGCUGGCAGUAUGCCAUUGACUUUCCGGCUACGUACCAUGCGCACAAAAAGAUCACCGAUUGUGUACGUAGACGUCGUUGGCUGAAGAAAUGUCGUCUAACAAGUAGUGGGCCAUGGCAAGAGCUGAGCCAUUCUAAAAUAUUAGAUGCAGCACUGCAGGUGUUGGAGUGUGAUGUGGACAGUGCCAACAGCUUGAGUGAUUUUGAAGAUUUACCGGUUUCAGCUUGGGCAAUCGCAUCUAACGGUGAUGUGCUCAUACGUCAUGGCGUGACUCAGCUCAAUCCACGCGGUGACAGUUGGGAGCAUAUACCGAGCGAACAACCAUUGAUUGGUAUUAGUGUAGGACCGAUGGGGCAGGUGUGGACUGUUGGACGUAAUGGCAUGAUUUACUUUCGCUACGGCAUUUCAAAGCACAAUCCUUUAGGUGAGGCUUGGCAAAUCGUGGAGGCACCACCGGGCACAACAUUCCGUACUGUGGCCGUGGGACGUGCGGGCAUUUGGGCGCUUGACAGUCAUAAUCGUCUGGCAGUGCGCAAAGAGAUAACUAAAACUUUCCCAGAGGGUUCUCAUUGGCAAUUCCUACCGAAUAUGCCGAACAUGCCGCCACACACGGAGACGCAUAUCGGCUUCAAGUCUGUCUCAGUGGGCUCAGAGGUUUGGGCGAUCGCACUCAAUGGCGUCGUGUGCAAACGUUGUGGCAUAACUAAAGAGAAUCCUGCUGGAGCAGGCUGGAAUUUGGGCAUACCGGGCCAAUGGCAGCAUUUAUCAGCAGAGAGCUUCGCAUAAUUGUUUUUAUUGCCAUUACUUGUGUGAAGUGCAAAUAUUUCCAAAGAUAUAGUGUUCCAUAUUUUCCCCCUUUGUACGGGAGACCUGCUUUUAGUACUGACUUGGUUAAGAAAACUUUAUACUUUAUUCGUCCUAUUGCCUGAAAGCAUUUUGUAUAAGUAUGUAUUAUUUACAUAUGUAUUUUUAUCCUUUUUAUCAUUCCAACGCAAAAUAAUGAUUUUAAUUUUAUUUAUUUAUAAAAAAGAACCUUACGUGGAGAAUGCUUCUUAUACUAUUUAAUAAAUAAAAAAUAUACAUAUGUAUGUAUGUACACACAUA